AUGGCAAACAAAUCUUCGUCAAGGUUUCAAGCAAAUCUUUCCUACACCGACGCAGUAGCAUCGCUUACAGAUGGGUCACUACUUUCUGUCAUCUCUUUGGGCUGCGUUAUGGCAUUCGCGACUUUCGGUAACAUUUUGGUUCUGCUUGCCGUGUACCGCACGAAACGUUUGCGAACAACAGCUGCCAUUCUGGUGGUAAACUUGGCAAUCGUAGACCUUUCAAUCACAAUCACAGUGGUGCCGUUUGUGAUGGCCACAGCUGUAACUCAACAGUGGAUAUUACCUUGGGCGAUCUGUAAGCUUACAGGUUUCAUAAACGCUUUCUUGACCGCGGGUCAAAUCAUGGCUUUGGUACAUUUCAGUAUUAACAGAUAUAUAGCAGUUGCAUUACCACACUCUUACGAAACAAAGUGCACCAAACAGGCAACUAUUUUCUCUGUAGUGUUAAGUUGGCUAUAUUCUCUCAUUUGGACCUUAAUGCCUUUCUUUGGAUGGGGAAAGCUUGGAUUUAUCCACGGCACUCUGUUUUGCAACAUUUUGUGGUCUGAGGAAAUUGCUUAUGCGAUUACAGUUCAAGUAAUGUGCUACUUCCUACCUUGUAUAAUGGGAGGGAUUCUUUACCUAAACGUUUACCGACUCGUAAGAUCGCAGGGAAAGAAAGUUUUUGAGACAGCUACGAGUAUAGAAUUGACGGAAAAUGGGUCAGGCAAAGAAAGUACGGAGUCAAACUUAAGCACUGUCACAGCAAGCCCAUCUGGAGCAAUUUCGUUUCAUAAUCUUGCUGUUUCAAGGGAUGACAUCACCGAGUCAGGGUUCACUGAUGAUAACCGCAAUGCUCAGGUCGCUCAGACAUGUGCUGCUGCCUUGAGACGAGCUAGACGGCGGAAAGCCAUGGAAGCAAGGGUAACUAGAACGCUUUUAGCCGUCGUCAUGGCUUUUGUAUUCUGUUGGAUCCCACGUGGAAUCGCGAAUGUUUGGGCGAUCUUCGCGAGUCGUGAAGAUGUCCCGCGCGCGCUUGAGUACAUUUCAACGGUUUUUGUUUUUCUUAACGGGGCGGUGAAUCCUGUUUUGUACGCCGCGUUGCACCAAGAUUUUAAGCACGCAUUCAUUAGGAUUCUUUGGUGCCAUAAGCCAAAGACGAAGAGCAACCGAAACGGAGCUUUUACUAAUGCAAGUGUUUCUUGACCUGACGAAAAGUGGCGGGAACUGUAUGAAAAGGAUUAGCCUAGAAGGGAUAGGAAAUUAAUGUUAAGUGUUGAUUUACCUGUGCAGCAAAUCCUCGAAACGCGCAAAAAAGAAUCACGUCACAAAUAUUCAAGAAGAUAGGAAAUCAAUGAUAAGUGUUGGUUUACCUCUGUAGGGAAUCGUCGAAACGCGCGCGGGAGAAUUACAUCUCUCGUUUUAUCAAUCCUAUUCAAGAGGAUAGGAAACCAAAGUUAAGUGUUGGUUUACCUGUAAACCAAAUCCUCGAAACGCGGGCAGAAUAAUCGUUUCUCAAGAUUUUUUUCACCCUUGUUGAUCUCUUGCUUUUAACUAAAUGUUCCCAGGAAAAAGCUGGAAAAAAUGGUAAAGAAUAUCAGUAAGAAAAAGUAGAAAAUAGAGACCACAGGAUUUAAAGCCUCGCAUGAACAACAUGUAAUAGUUUUUAAUUUUAUUUUUAUAGU